UUGUUUGUUUCAGACAACGAGUGGAGUUAUGUCGAUGCCGAUCAUUGGGGCGGCACUUGCAGCACAGGUAGACAGCAGUCACCAAUUAAUUUGAACAGCAGCGUUGCGGAGAGCGUGGAAUGGAAACCACUGGAAUUCAAGAACUAUGGAUCAGGGAUCGUAACCGUUAGAAAUACUGGACAUUCAGCAGAAGUGGAUGGCUUCCCAGAUUGGGUCAAAAGGCCAUAUGUCACAGGUGGGAACCUACCUGGGAAGUACUACCUUCAACAGCUUCAUCUACACUGGGGUGACAGUGACAGCACUGGAAGUGAGAACACUAUCGAUGGAAGGCAAUUUUCAAUGGAGGCUCAUUUGGUUCAUUUCAUAGAAGGCAUGGACAAGACAGAAGCAGCAGGAGCUCAGAAUAAAAUCGCAGUGAUUGGAGUUCUUCUGCAAGCAUCGUCCAGUGGAGUGGCAUUACAGAACCUCGAGAACACCUUCACUGAAAUAAGGACUCCAGGUAUAAUAGUUUGUGGGUCUCUAGGUUGGAGCGGAACUGGGAGCCAUGAUGUACAGUUUUCUGGAAAAAGCUGUUGCUAA